GAAUCUAUUCAGCUCUCAAAUUCGUCAUCAAACCCCCGUCGAGUGUGACAGUGAAGGCUUAUGAAGCUCUCAUUCUGCCUUGCUCUGCUUCAAGUGACCUGACGCCAACGAUUUUGUGGAUGUAUGAUGGUACUUUGUCCCUACCGACAGGGGCGGCUGUUGACUCCUCGAAUGCUUUGAUAGUUUCAUCUGCUAGCUUCUCUCACGGUGGUGUCUACACUUGCAAAGCGACUAAUGCAUUGAGCUCAAUUCAAACGAGUGUCGUCGUUUACGUCACUGACUAUCCUAAGACUUGCACCUCUGUGAAGGCAGACAUCAGUGACGUCAGUGGGGAUUAUUUCAUCGAUCCUGAGGGUGCUCUUGGCGAGGAUCCAUUUCCUGUUUACUGUAACAUGACUGACAAAGAAGGCGUUGGAGUAACAGUUGUAGGUCACGACAGCGAGAACAGAACCCAAGUAAAAGGAUUUGACAAGCCUGGUGAAUAUUACCUUGAUGUACAUUACAUCUCUGCCAGCAUAUCCCAAUUAAAAGUUCUGACAGAAGCCUCUGAUAACUGUCAACAGUUCAUCAAAUACGAGUGUUUCCAAGCCAGAUUAGUAGGAUCUGGAUUCUCAUGGUGGGUUUCGCGCGACGGCGAGAAAAUGACAUACUGGGGGGGAGCAAACAUAGCAACUGGUGGCUGCGCAUGUGGUGUAACUAGAUCGUGUCCCAGUUCCAAAUGGCGGCUGAAGUGUAACUGUGAUAAGAAUGAUGGAGUGUGGCGGGAAGACAGCGGUUUUCUUACAAACAAGUCCCACCUUCCUGUCGUACAGCUACGAUUUGGAGACACAGGAGAUGCUCACCUAAAUGAAGAAGGGUUCCACACACUAGGAAAACUAGAGUGUUAUGGCAUGGCCUUGGUGUAAACAAAACUAAAAACAUAAAAACUUGGAUUAUAGUCGUAACAAAUUAGAUGUAACGCCAUGACCAAUCACUAAUGGGUCAUAUGGCAUAAUUCAUUAACAAUUUACAAGUAGUCCUCAGAAAUCCUGAUAGACAUAAUAGAUCUAAUUGUUUUAGUAAUCUUGAUUUAAAUUGCCUCAUUGUAAAAGAAAGACUGAAGGUGAUCCGAAACUCUCUGUAAGAGCAGUCAAAAGCAGCUGUUUAAUGUUACCUACUUACCUACUUUAUCACUAAUCUUUUUCCAUUUACUUUCCGAGAUGUUAUCUGAGAAUCCUACACCACUCAGCUCCAUUGUAGAAUCACAAAUAGUCUUUGCCUGUACCGAAAGUAGUCUUCAUGCUUAGAAUUAUUUGAAAUCAAUGUUACUUUGGACUUGAAGUCGCGUUCAAAAGAAUCUCACACCCAAUUUGCUUUACGUGCACUUUAAAUGUUUGC